AUGCGUGCUGGUAUCCUCUCUCUCCUGGCUGCUGCCCCGGCCCUCGUUUCCGCCAAGGGCACUCUGGGUUUCUCCCUCGGUGACAAGAACGCCGAUGGCACUUGCAAGUCCACCAGCGACUAUGAAGCCGACUUCGACGCUCUGAAGGACAUGUCCACCCUCGUCCGUACCUACUCCGGUACCGAGUGUGACACUCCCCAGAAUAUCCUGCCUGCCGCGAAGAACAAGGGCUUCAAGGUUGUUUUGGGCAUGUGGGUCGGCAAGCCCACCGAUACCAAUGACCUGCUCUCGGAGCCUUCCUUCGCCAAGGACUGGUCCGCCAUCCAGAAGGCCAUCCCCGGUCACGAGGACGUCAUCCACGCCAUCACCGUUGGCUCCGAGACUCUCUACCGCGGUGAUCUGACCGGACCCCAGCUCCACGCCUACAUCAAGCAUGUCAUGGACGGUGUCCCCGAGGGUAUCCUUGUUGGUACCGCUGACAGCUGGAACAAGCUCGCCGACGGUACCGGCGACGAUCUGUUCACCCAGGAGCCCAUUGUGACUUAUGUUUUGGCCAACGCCUUUGCGUACUGGCAGGGCACUGCUGCCGACAAGGCCUACCAGACUUACUUCGAUGACAUGGCCGGUGCCAUGGAGCACAUCCAGAAGGUUGCCGGUGACAACGCCAACAAGAUCAACAUUGUCAACGGCGAGACUGGCUGGCCCACCGAUGGUGGUUCGGACUAUGAGGCCGCCAAGGCUGGCACCAAGAAUGCUGAGAACUUCUGGAAGACUGGUGUCUGCGGUAUGCUGGACUGGGGUGUAGAUCUCUUCUACUUUGAGGCCUUUGAUGAGUCCUGGAAGCCCGACACCAAGGGUGACAACGGUGAGCUCAAGGAUGAGCAGCACUGGGGUCUGUUCACUGCCGACCGCAAGACCAAGUUCGACACCUCCUGUCCGUAG